AAUAGUAAAAUGUGUGGCGAUUAAAAAUGGCGUCCCUUCUUUGAGUUGAGUUGUCCCUUUCGCACUUAAAUACGGCGGUUUAAUAUCAAUUUUAUGUUAUCAAACAAGCAUUUUUGCUGUUAUUAAUGCAGCAGUUAAUGUAGUGGCUAUAUUUAGUUUAAUUUCUUCGCAUUAAAACAUUAAUCCGCAGGAAAAAUGCUGUCAAAUGGGUGCGGCGUACCUCUGUUUACUGUAGUUACUUUUAUUUUCAAAUAUUUAAAUAAUAUCACGUCCCAGCGUAUUUUAUGCGCGUUUUAGUGCAAUUACAUAGUGUAACAAAUAAAAAUGGACAAGAAAAACAAAAAGAAAACUGUGAUAAAACGGAAAAGUGACGAUCCUGGGGAAAGCGAGAAGAAAAAAAUUAUGGUGAGCCGAGCGAAGACUCAGGAGGAUAAAGACAAAGUGGAGGUUGUAAAUCAAGUUGUGGAGGUCCCUGUGGAGCAAGGGCAGCAGAUAGUGCAUACCGGGCAGCUGGUGGAAGGGAACUUCGAGCAGCCCGUCUUCGUGAAUAUGAAAGGAGAGCCUGUCCAACUGGGACCAAAUACAGUGAUUCUUUACGAACAAAGCGGUAAUCCCUCGAACUUUGCGUUUGGUGGAAUGUGGACUAUGGACUCUUCGGGCCGCAUUGUGAUGGCGGAAACCAUUUAUGAUGUUAAGGGGGAGCCGGAGGAGGAGGGAACCACUUUUGUACAGGGCACACCUGAAGUUAGCAAUCAACAAGUAGAGGAACAGCCUAACACUUACCAGCAGUAUGAGAUGAGCAACAACCAGCAGACUGUUGAGACUCCGCAAGAGUAUGAGGUGGCCAUCAUUGAGAAUCCACCUACGGAGAAUGCUGAAAGCUCUGAGCCGUCGGUGAUCACAACGGAGGAACAGCUGGUGGCCACGGGCACCGGCGCCGUCCGCUGGCUCAACCAGAAGUACGAUUUCGUUGUGAGGAAACUCCAGCUUAACUAUGAUGCCGGAGUGAAACUUCUCCACUCGCCGUCGGGCUGCAUCCAGUGCGUGUACCUCACAACUCCAAGCAUGCAGAUGGCCUUCAAUGCUGUUCCUCAGUUCCUGUGCAUUGAAACAGGCAUCGAGUUCAACAGCACCAUCCCAACAGUGGGCGGGACGGGCAGCCCCAGCGUGAAGCACAACGUCACCCUGUUCCUAGCUGAAGACGGGAACGGGAAGUCGGUCAUCGUCAGCGCGGGCAUAUCGGCGUUGAUCGGUGAUGAUCUAACUUGGCUGCUCGACACUUUCAAGUCGUGCAACCCGGCCUGGCGGCAGGUGCGGUGCGUCGUGGCGGACCCCACCAAAUGUCAGCAGUCUGUCCGCGCGGCGUUCCCGUCGUCCCACGUGACGUGCUCCGUGUGGCAGGCCGCGCGCGCCGCCGCCCGCCUGUGCGGGGAGUGGGCGAGGAGGGAGGACGCCGCGCUCGCGGCCGACGACGUCGCCGCCCGGACCAAGACCUACGCGUUGGCGUUGCUGAGGGGGGAACACACGCCGGCACAGCUGCAGGUCCUGAAACGAGGCAUUAUCGGCACCGGAGCCGGCACUCUGCGCUUGUGGGAGUCGCUCACCCGGCCGGGCGGCGCCGUCGCCAAGCUGGACUCCUGGCUCGAACCAGACAACUAUACUAAUAUUCUGCACAAGGGUCUAGAGCGACUGGUGACGAAGUUCCAAACCCUGGUCCGCAGUCAGAUGCAGCCUGAUGAGUUCGUCUCUUUGUUCUUCAACGUGGCCAACCAGUUAGAAGACGAGCGACGAAGCUUCGCAGUCAGCAGACUCCGGGACACGGAGACGCUGAAACAGUCACCCACGGAUACCAUAACGCAGUACGCGUACAACUUGAUGUCGCACCAGACCAAGAUCGCGCAGAAGUGCCUCGACGACCGGGCUGGGAGAAGACACAGCAGUGUGGCUAUCUGCAAGUACGGCACGUCCACCCAGGAGUGCUCCUGCCUCUUCAGCAAGGUGUUCCGGCUGCCCUGCCGCCACAUCCUCAUGCUGACCACCGAGCUGAAGGUGAAGACACAUAUCCCGUUCGAGCCGCGCUGGACGGUGCAGCACUGCCUGUUCGGCUGCGAGAGCGCCGCACCGCAACCCGCCGCGGGCGGCAACUACAUGGAGCAGGUUGUGGUGGAGGCCGACGCCGCGCACCGGCAGCCAGUUCAGCAGCAGCAGAUACACCAGGUGGGCGGCGUGCGGCAGCAGUACGUGCUGGCGGCGCCGGGCGGCCAGCAGGCCAACCCGCAGGUGCAGCAGGUGAUCUUCUGCGGCGGCGGCGUGGCCGUCAGCGCGGCGUCGCCCGCCAUCACGUCGGCGCUGCCGCUCGCGCAGGCCGUGCUCGCGCCGCACCAGCUGCACCAGUAACACACACCACUACACUACACUAUACUACCUUCAUCUUAACAAGAGCUAAACGAGAUACCAACAUAAAAAAAACCGGACAAGUGCGAGUCGGACUCGCGCACGAAGGGUUCCGUACCACCUAUGCAAAAAACAGCAAAAAAAUUACGUUUGUUGUAUGGGAAUCAAAAAAACUGGACAAGUGCGAGUCGGACUCGCCCGCCGAGGGUUCAGUACUUUUGACUAGGUAUUUGUUGUUAUAGCGGCAACAGAAAUACAUCAUCUGUGAAAUUUUCCAUUAUUUCUGUUGCCGCUGUAACAACAAAUACUAAAAAGUACGGAACCCUCGGUGGGCGAGUCCGACUCGCACUUGUCCGGUUUUUUUUACCCUCUUAAGGCCCUAUGUGCAUUACAAUGUUUACUUCAGUUUCAAUCUGAACCUAUUUAGAACAUUUUUAUAAACCAAAUAAUGUAACAUUUCUUUCCCAAAUAAACGAAAUUCAUCCCAAUUUACUGUAUGACAAGGUUCAAAUUACGUUAUUAAAAUAAAACACCCGGACACACCUCUUUCGACAAAAAAUUAUUUUGAUAUUCGCCCGUUGGUAGUUACUUUACAAAAUACAUUGAUUCUAUCUAUAGUAACCAUAAUUAUUAUUCUAAAACAGGACUUAUUUUCUCGGCAAAUAACACAAAGAAAUGGCCGGUAGUACAUGUAUCUUGCCAACAAACCUACACAUUUACAAAUAAUACCCCAAAAGAAGUCAGGAUAUGGUACCAAAUAUACCAUAGCUUACGGCGCAAUGCAAUAAAAACACAUUCAGUGACGGACUUCAGUAUGACCUAUAAAUUUACUACGUAGAGUUACUACUAUGACAGGUGGUUAAAAUUUCACCCUGUAUUAAAUGUCUCCAAAAAAGUUCCGAUACUAAAUUUUUUUAUACUGAAAAUUCUUGCAACUCGCGGUCGCUAUUCACGCUCUAAUACUUUAGACAUAAAGACUUGUGUAUGCGCUCGUGACGAGUAAGGUAGGCUACUAGAUAUAAGAUUUGUAAAUAAUUUAGUAUACAAAUGUACACCAAGACAUUUUUGUUCAUUUUUUGGCCUCCUAAGGCCCAAGGUCCUACCUAUAGUACCUCAUCAAUCCGAUGAAAUUUAAAUCAUAUUCAAUUGGAACAGAGUCGCUUUUGCUUUGUUUCAUUCAAUUUUCCAACAACGCAAAAUCAACUCUAUUUCUUACACUAUAGGUUCAAAUUUCAAUGGCUUAUUUUGUAUUUUUAAUUUGUAUGGCUGGGUCUUAGGAGGAUAAAUCAAAAUAGUCGUAAAAUUUAUUUUCUAAAAUCUUGCAACUGUUUUUUACCAUAAUGGUAAGCCUAUGUAGCAUAAUACUGAAUAUUAAAAUUAUCAUCUGACCGCCACGACUAUUAAAAUAUACCACGCAAUAGUAAACAUUACUAGAAUAUUAAGGUUCAUUUUUAACCUUUGUUGGCUAUCUGUCGGCCCGUUUCGAACUUUAAGAUACGUCAAUUAAUAGAUCUAGAAAUGAUAUGGAUUAGAUAUGUCAGUGUCAAAUGUGACGUUUCGUCAAACAAAAACGUCACUUUUGAUACUGACACAUCUAAUCCAUAUCGAUUCUAGAUCUAUUAAUUGACGUAUUUUAAAGUUCGAAUCGGGCAGUGUGGCGUUUAAUGGGUUAACAAUGGGGUUGAAACUGCGAGGGCACCGCUCAGUGUACCAAACACAAUCAACGGACUGAUUAACAUAGCUUUGCAGAAAAUAAUAAACUUUGCGCUCAAUAAAAAAUAUAGCAAACGUAGGGCAAUUCGCCAGUAUCUGGCCACCCCAAACCAAAAAUGAAUUCUAUUCACCUAUAAAUAGAAUUCAUUUUAGUAUAAGGUCGCCAGUUAUUGAAAGCUGGCCAGUCAUUGAAACCUUAUACUAAAAUUAAUUCUGUUUAUAGGUGAAUAGAAUUCAUUUUUAGUUUAGGGCGGCCAGUUACUAAAAGUGGCCAGUUACUGGCGAAUUAUGCUUUAUAUGGUUUGGUACAACCGGUCUUUUAACCCCAUUUUGACUUAUUGUUAUGUAAAAUACUUUAAAAAAUCAUGAUUUUGUUUUAAGAAGGUAUGGGCAACCCUUUAAAUUUUCUCAGUUCAGCAACACGUCUUAACCUUUUUACCACUGUAGCUGUAUUACUAUGUCCGUUUGCUUUUCCAGGCCGCACUACUCUACAAGGUUUUCUCAAAAAGUCCAAACAUAUACCAAAUAUAGCAAUUAAUCCAGCUUUGAUGAUCCAAUCGAGCACAAGUCACAUUUCCUAAAAUUGCAAUCUAAUUUGAACCAUAAAUCGGAAUGCUAAAGUUGAAAUUCUAUUGAAAUUUUGUCAUUUGGAAGGUCACUAAAAACUAAACAUAGAUGACGCCCUCGACAGUGGUAAAUUCUUUUAUAUGGUGUCAGCUGGUCAAAGGCAAACGUAAGUACAUUUUUUUAUAUGAAAUUUGACAGCUGCAGCUCUCGAUGGUACAUUUUUUGUAUGGAAUUUCUCCAUACAAAUACCAUUCUCUUAUAUAAAAUUUGCUACUUGACAUGGCGGUAAAAAGGUUAAGAGUUGUUAUUACGAAUUAACUAAUGGUAAUCGGUGGUGUAAUACAUCUAACAUGUAAUACAUGUAACUUAUUAUACAUUACAUAAUAUUAGGUUAUUUGAUGUACUUUAUAAAUACUGUAUGAAUAAAUGAUUUGGAGAAGUAUU